ACCAUCAUGAACCGCUCAACGUGGCCCCGGCAUGCCGCGCUAAAUCCAUCCAUACACGACUGCCUCUCUCGCACUCACGGGGCGUUCCUAUGGGUGCAAGAGAGGCAGAGCUUCGAUGGCUCUCGGACUCAAUCUACCGGUUCAGUUCGGCGCUUCGCCGCCGUGGUUUGAUUUACCCGCGAGUCCCGUUUUUGUUCUGCGCGAGUGCUGCCUCCUGGCGGCGAAACAGCUAACUGGGGCAACGCGCGGCGCUGCCAACCCAGCAACCGCACGCUCAAACAUUCCCACCCAUUUGCAAACUUGUCGCCUCGCUGGCCCGCCUCGAAAUCAAGUUUCUGUUUCGUUCCGACGAUGUCCCUUUCUCUUUGGCGGUUCUUAGAGUCGUCUCCGUGGCAAAAUCGGACCGCCAGAGAAAGGCCAGACGAAUGAAAAGGGGGCGUUGACGUUGCUUACGUUUGCGACGAUCAGCUGUUGUUUUUUUAAGACAUGGCUCCUUGAUGAACAACAAAUUUCUUUUCACCUCCAAAAUAUCCAAGCCAGCCCAGUGUGGAAUCUGCAAGUGCUCCGUUGAGGUCCCGGGCGAGAACUGUGUGCUUCGUAACCAUGUCCAUGGGUCUGGCGGGCCAACUUGCCAACCGCGGUGGUAGAUACCUGUUUGGUGCAGCGGUGAUACCUCCUAACCUCUGCAUGAGCAGAAGCUGGAGGGUUCGCCGGGUAGCAACCAGUUCCCUUGCCCUUCACGAUGACAGGGGUGGCAAAGAGGAACUCAAACACACAAUCAUUUUGUCUCAAAACGGCCGCCACAUCCAAGAACUGCCUGUCAUCGUGAGGCAGGCCAAGUUGACACCAGCUCUGUGGGGAGAAGACGCAGUGCAGAGCGACAGCAGUGAUGAUGACAAGAAUCUGCUCAUUGAUGUGCCACCCACUGAAGAGGAACUGAAUCAGCUUCGUGACGUUUUGAAAGGCUGUCGCACUCUGAAGCACCUCCUGGAGUUAAUUUGGGAAAUGCCAUCAAACGAGGUCUCUCCCAUUGUAUUUGUUGAAAUGUUACGCAAGCUGAUUGAGCUUGAAAACAACCAACAUUAUCGAAGGAAGACACCACCAAACAAUGGAUAUGAAGAAAAAGACAAAGAAACUACCCAAACAAGAGAUGCUGCUGUGUGCUCUCUUCUUGAAACCAUUGUUAAGCGAGGAAGCCCGAGGCACAUAUUGGAAUCACUAAAAAUUAUUACCAGGGAUAUGACCAGAGCUGCCACUCGCAACAAUAAUUCUUGGGUGGGUCACUACCGUUCAAGACUGAGUCAUGAAGCCUUAAUCUUAGCAACGGACUCAAAGUAUUCCAUCCCAGAGCUUUGUGAAAUAGUCCACGCCUUUUCAUACAUAUUUAAAGAAGAUUAUGAACUAAUAGAUAUGCUUUGGGUUGGAUUUGAAGCUAAGGCUAGUGACAUAGACUCAUCAAAUAUUGUGGAUGUAUUUAGAGUUUUGCCAUUUUUUCGAAAGAGCCGCAAAGUAGUAUUUGCUGAUGUCGAGUAUUCAUUUCUACAAGUUUGUUGGAGUCUUUCUGGAGCAGCAAUUGCAGAGAUUAUGGCCUCUCUUCAGACUUGCAAAGAGCAAAAUUAUAAGCCAUCGGAGCGCAUUCUUGCUGAAAUUUCACACUGGAUUGCUACCAAUAUUGAUUCUAUCACGGAGGAGGAAUUUGUUGAUAUUGUGGCUGCUUUGUGUGGCCUAGAAUAUAGCAGUCCUAGAAUUGUGCAGUCUUUUGAGAAAUAUGUCAAGACUCACAACACUAGCUCAGAACUUUUUGCUAAUGUUAUGGAAUUCUGCUCUAAAUUUCGUCUACGAUCAACACCAAUAUUGGAAAGUUGUGCAAGUCAUACCAUCAAGAACUGUAUGAACAUGUCUCCAGUUGUCUUAAAAUCAAUAUUUUCCCCAUAUGGAAUUUUGCAUUACACUCCUAGUCAAUCAAGCUUAUUCCUUGAUGCAGUAGAGAAAUCAUUCAAUGAAAAUUUUGCAAGAUUCAGACCAGAGGAUGCAACUGACAUAAUUUUGUCUUUAGUUUAUCUUCACCGCUACCCUAUACAAUUUGUUAGCAAGAUUUUCAAUUCUCAUUUUCUUGAUCGCCUUGACUCUUGUCAAAAUGAAGAGACAGUGAGAUCCACACAAAAUAAGCUUAAGUUAUUUGAUAUGGCUAUGACUUUGGACUGUAAGGACUAUCAAGGACCACUUUUACCUCGGGAAACAAAUGUUAAGUCAAUGUGGGUUGAUAAAAGACUGACCAGAAUAAUAGAUUCUGUUGUAGCUUCUCUAGAAAAGAUAGCUGGUGCAAGAAAGAAAAUUAGUCAGUUUGUAUUAAUGAAAGGUACACCUGCUGUAUCACUUUACAUUGUGGACAUCCUUCUGCACCCAAGUUCUCCAUCCUCUCAGCACAAAGGAAGAAUUGCCCUGAGCGAAGAUGAGCGAAGAUCCAGUAUAGCUUUCAUAAUUCAUGUGCCUGAACAUUAUUGUGCUCAAAUGGAUCAUUUAACUGGGCCUCAGGAAUUACGACAUCACCAUUUUCACAGGCUAGGAUUACGCACUGUAAAAUUAAGAUAUGAUGUAAUGACAAGGUUACAGCCUCAUCAAAGGUCUUUGGACAGAUAUUUGCAAGAAAGUUUAAAAGCUGUCAGAGAAACUAAAGCAAAACAAUGACAAUUGUAAUACUAAGAGGAUUUUCAAUGUCAUAGCCUGUUGAAAUGCUAGGUUCUCUUGCCAAAUGCUAAUAUAUUUGACAUUAGUAAAAUUGCUGUUAAUUGCUGUUUUCCAAUUAGAUUUGACUGACUUCUUUGAGAUGGUUCAUAAUUUUUUAAAAUAAAUAUUACUGUAUGUUGCCAAGAGUUAAACCCCUCCUUUUCAUAGAAUAUGUAGAAUUUGGAACAAACAAGUGAUUUUCGAAUCGUGUAUGUUGUAAGAAAUGUCCACUGCCCACCAUUCUUCCAGCAGCUAAAGUAAACUUUACUAUGAUGGUUUUUGGGGGAAGGGGUUAAAUGUAUUAGUUUUCAAAACAUUUUGCUGUGAUAGCUUUUAGUUUUGGCAUAUAGAUUUUCUUGCGUUGUUUUAGGUCCUCUCUCUGAUAAUGUAAAAUCAUAAUUUUAAGUCUUUUAGUCCUACGAUUUUUAUAAAUUCCAUGCAAAUGUAGAAAUUUUUGUUUAAGUGUUGAUUAUUUAUUUUCACUGUAUUCAACAUUACUGUGAUAUUAUAGUUAGUUGUGGGCAGCCUUUAUAUCACUGCUGAGUUUGAAAUAUUAGUCCAGCUCCCUAUCUAAACCCAUUUGCUGCUAAAUUCUGUGACAGUUUUCAAAACCUAACUCUUAAUGAUGACUAGUCUGCAAAUCGUGUUCUCAAGUUUAAGUUGUCUUUUUGUGCUGGACAUAACUGAACCGCAUUAUCUUAAAUAAUGUCCAUAUAAUAAUAGUUGUUAUUUAAGAGGAGAUUGUGCUUGUCGGAUAUUAAACCCUCCCCGAAAAUAUAA